GUGGUACAUAUAUAUUUGUUAGUCCUCUUUAGUUCUCAAAGAUGGCCAUGCAGCCUGCAAUUUUUCAAGCAAACUCCCAAAAACAAGUCUUUACUACUCCAUUCUUACUGAGCCCAACUAGUACUAAGCUUAACGACAGUCGUUUUGCUUCCUUUUCUUUGGGUAAUCGAACAACUCUUAGAACACUUAAAGCAUGCUUAUCAACAAAAUCUGAGACAGAAACUCGUCCAUUAGCCUACUUUCCUCCUACUGUAUGGGAUGAUUGCCUUGCUUCCUUUACCUUUGAUCAAUCGGUAUUUGAAUUAUUAAAUAAAGAAGUAGAACUAUUGAACGAAAAGGUUAAAAAAGACAUGUUGAAUGCAUCAACAAGUGAUCCAGCAAAAAAAAUCAUCUCGAUCGAUUCAUUAUGCCGCCUUGGUGUGUCGUAUCACUUUGAAGAGGAAAUUGAAGAGAAUCUAACUAAGAUUUUCAAUAUCCAGCCUACUUUUCUUAAUGAAAAGGAUUAUGAUCUCUAUACGGUUGCCGUGAUAUUUCGAGUAUUUAGACAACAUGGCUUCAAAAUCACUUCCGAUGUGUUCAACAAGUUCAAGGAUAGAGAUGGUAAGUUCAAGGAAUCCCUGCUAAGUGAUGUCAAAGGUAUAUUAAGCCUUUUUGAAGCUACACAUCUGAGCAUGCCUAACGAAGCUAUUUUAGAUGAGGCCUUUGCUUUCACUAAGGCUUUCUUGGAAUCUUCUGCGGUUAAGUCAUUCCCUAAUUUUGCAAGGCAUAUUGGUAGUGCACUAGAGCAGCCAGUACACAAAGGCAUACCAAGGUUAGAGGCAAGAAAAUAUAUCGAUUUGUACGAGGUUGAUGAAAGUCGAAAUGAAACUGUACUAGAGCUUGCAAAGUUGGAUUUUAAUAGAGUGCAAUUACUACACCAAGAAGAAUUAAGUCAAUUCUCAAAGUGGUGGAAGAAUUUGAAUAUUACUAGGCAGGUUUCUUAUGCAAGAAAUAGAAUGGCGGAAAUCUUCUUUUGGGCGGUUUCUAUGUAUUCUGAGCCGCAAUAUGCAAAGGCUAGAAUGAUAGUCUCGAAAGUUGUAUCACUUAUAUCACUAAUAGACGACACAAUUGAUGCAUAUGCAACUAUUGAAGAAAUUCACUGUCUUGCUUAUGCAAUCGAAAGGUGGGAUAUGAGCUUAGUCAAUCGGCUACCAAAUUACAUGAAAGUAAUCUAUAAGUUAAUUCUCAACACGUUUGAUGAAUUUGAAAAAGAUUUGGAAGCAGAAGGGAAGUCCUAUAGUGUCAAGUAUGGAAGGGAAGCGUAUCAAGAACUAGUGAAAGGCUAUUACUUGGAGGCAAUAUGGAAGGCCGAUGGAAAAGUGCCAUCAUUUGACGAGUACAUGUUUAAUGGCGGGGUUACUACUGGAUUGUCUCUUGUUGCCACUGUAUCUUUCAUGGGAGUAAAAGAAAUCAAAGGAACUGAGGCAUUUGAAUGGCUAAAAACCUAUCCAAAACUCAAUCAAGCUGGAGGCGAAUUUAUCCGCUUGGUGAAUGAUGUAAUGUCUCAUGAGAGUGAGCAAGAUAGAGGACAUGUAGCGUCUUGCAUUGACUGCUACAUGAACCAAUAUGGAGUUUCAAAAGAGGAGGCAGUUGAAGAGAUCCAGAAAAUGGCUAUAAAUGAAUGGAAGAAAUUAAAUGAGCAACUCGUCAUGCGGCCUACAGAAGUUGUGCCAGUGAGUCUCCUCCUGCGAAUUGUUAAUCUUGUCCGCCUAACGGAUGUUAGUUACAAGUAUGGAGAUGGAUAUACCGAUUCAAAACAAUUGAAAACAUAUGUCAAAGGACUGUUCAUUGAACCUAUUGCCAUUUGAAAUAACUUUCCCUUUUUUCCAAGUAUUACAAUUUGUUUGUUUA